CAUGAUUUUCCAUGAUAUUUCCAUGAUCUCCAGCUGGAAGGAGGCGUGGGAUUCAUCUGAACAUUCUGGAAGCUGGAAGAGGACCAGGCCAUCAACCUUCCUGAAAAUCUGGACCAGCUCAUCUGCAAUUCCACCUUUCUCCACUCCCCGGAUUCCCAGGUCUGGAAAUUCUUCUACAACCUCCCAGGAUUUCCCAUUCCCAAACCUUGGCUGGAUGGAGAAGGAGGCUGUGAGGAAGAGGAAGAUGCCCCAGGACACCCAGGCAGACAAGGAGCUGAGGAUGGAGACCAGGGAGGACAAAUCCCCACGGCAGAACCUCAUGGAAGAGGCUGUUUUGAGUGGCUCCACGGCACAGGAAUCCAACAGGGAGGAAAAUCCCCGGAGAUCCCACAGGAGGAGGGGCUCCAAACCCAUCCCAGGGUGCUCUGAGGAGGAAAGACCCACCCUGUGCCGGGAAGGUGGCCGGAGAUCCAGCCAGGGCUCUGAGCUGGUGGUCCAUGAGCAGCUUCAGGAUGGGGAGAAGCGCUACAAGUGCUUGGAGUGUGGGAAGAGCUUCAGCUUCAACUCCCAACUUGUCAUCCACCAGCGCAUCCACACUGGGGAGAGGCCCUACGAGUGUCCUGAGUGUGAGAAGAAAUUUCAGAUCAGCUCCCAUCUCCUCAAGCACCAGCGGAUUCACAGUGAGGAGAGGCCCUUCCACUGCCCUGACUGUGGGGAGGGAUUCAAGCGAAACUUCACCCUCAUCACCCACCGGCGCAUCCACACUGGGGAGAGGCCCUACGAGUGUGGGGAAUGUGGGAAGAGCUUCAGCCACAGCUCCAGCCUCAUCUGCCACCAGAGGACCCACACUGGUGAACGGCCCUAUCAGUGUGGGGAGUGUGCAAUGACCUUCAACCGGAGGUUCCAAUUGACCAUCCACCAGAUGAUCCACACUGGGGAGAGGCCCUAUGAGUGCUCCGAGUGCGGGAAGAUGCUUCAGACCAGUUCAAAUCUCCUCAAGCACCAGCGGAUUCACACGGAUGAGAGGCCCUUCCGCUGCCCUGACUGUGGGGAGGGCUUCAAGCGCAACUUCACCCUCAUCACCCACCGGCGCAUCCACACUGGGGAGAGGCCCUACGAGUGUGGGGAAUGUGGGAAGAGCUUCAGCCAGAGCUCCAGCCUCAACACCCACAAACGCAUCCACACUGGGGAGAGGCCCUACGAGUGUCCCCAGUGUGGGAAGAGCUUCUCCAGGAGCUCUCACUUGACCAGACACCAACAGAAGCACCAGUAAGGGAAGCCCUGUGAGUGCCCCAAGUGCAGAAAGAGCUUCGUGUGGUGCUCCAGCUCCAUUCCCCAUCAGAGGACCCACGUUGGGCAGAGCCCUGAUGACCUCUGUUUCCACUGAUCUGCAUUGGGAAGACACUGGGCUGGUGGUACUUUUGUUUCAGUCCUAAUUUUCUUUUAAUUCAUCUUCAUCCCUUUAAAAUAGACAAAAUCGGGGUAAAAAUGAACAAAUUCAUCCAAGACCUUUAAAGCCUUUCUUUUUACUAGAGCUUCAAGGGAAACUGGGGUUCAAGGAUAUACUUGGGAGGAUUUGGGGUUUGUGGGGGUAUUUGGUGUAGUUGUCUCCAUUUCUUAGCACUCAUAGAUAUGAGAGGCUUCAAUGUCACCUCAAAACCACUCAGUACCACUGAAUGCUACUCAAUCCCACCCCAAAAUUAUUCAAUUCCACAGCCCCUCAGGGUGUGAUGCCUUAAGUUUUAGCUUUCAUAUUUUUCAUAUUCUGAAUUACCUAGGUUAGGAGUUUUGAACUUCAUAUUAAUUGUUAGUGUCAGGAAAAUUAAUCCAUGAACACCAGAGGUUUAUGUCCAAAAAGGAGACUGGGGAGUCCUUUUACUUCAUUCAAAUAAAGAGAGAGGCCAUGGGGCAUUCCCC